GUUUUUCAGUGAGAUUCCUGCAGGCAUGCUUGGCAUCCUUGCUCCAGAUGAUAUCGAAGGGCUGACCCAGCGUGCAAAUCCCCGAAUGUCAAAAUUUCAUAACAUUUUCCGAUCGGAAAAGAUUUUGUGAGAUUUGUGCCAGUUUUUUCAAGUUAUCUACAGUGUUUAAAUUAAAAUAUAUAGUAAAAUAUCGCAAGGCAAUGGCGACGUUUCGUUUGGGCAUCGUCGGUCACUCAGCGGUGCGUUUUUCCGCCGGUGGUUUCCGCCUGAACCGCCCACAGCAAUCCAAUGUGAUAAGGUUAAUGACGACUUCUGCCGGGAAGCAAACAUCCGGUGGUACUCUUCGAUUGGCCCUUAAGGGUAUGGCUGUAGGUGCCCUGCUAGGAACCGGGUGGUCAGGAUACAACUACUUCCGGGGAGAACCAACAGAUCACAUGCUACACGAGAAAACCGAACCGACGUAUUUGGAUCGGUUACCUGACGUGAGAAUAAUGAGGAAAGUUGUAAAUCCGAAAGAUGAUUCCGGCUUGGAACUGGUGCUGUUCCAGUUUCAGACGUGCCCUUUCUGUUGUAAGGUACGAUCAUUCCUGGAUUACAGCGGAUUGUCCUACUCGGUCGUUGAAGUUGACGCUGUGCUGCGGCAAGACAUCAAAUGGUCCAGUACUAAAAAGGUUCCCAUCGUGUUGGCCAAGACCCGAUCGGGAAAAUAUGUACAGCUCAUGGAUUCUAGCAUGAUUGUUUCGGUGUUGGCUAGCUACCUGAAGGACAAAAGUCAGGAUAUCGGGGAGUUGGCCAAGUAUUAUCCGUCCAUUUCGUUUGUCAAUGAAUCCGGCCGGAAAACUAGCGACAUAAUGAACAAAUACUUCCUGAUGUUGCAGGAUUCCAAACAGCACAAGGCGAACGAUGCACAAGAUGAAGAACGAAAGUGGCGCUCGUGGGCGGACGAUCACCUGGUGCAUCUCAUCUCACCGAACGUUUACCGGACUAAGGACGAAGCGUUGGAAACCUUCGAGUGGUUUUCGGAUGUCGGUGAAUGGGAUGUGCACUUUCCGAAGUGGGAACGUGACAUGAUGGUUUACGUUGGUGCCAUGGCCAUGUGGGCUAUCAGUAAACGGCUGAAGAAACGCCAUCAACUGUCGGACGACGUUCGGUCCCACAUUUACGAUGCUUGCGAUAAGUGGAUUGCAGCAGUGGAGAAACACAAAACACCGUUCCUGGGUGGUAAGGUGCCAAAUUUGGCUGAUUUGGCAGUCUUCGGUGUCUUGAACAGCAUGGAAGGAUGCCAGGCCUUUAAGGAUUGCUUGGAAAACACGAAAAUCGGUGGUUGGUUUUAUGCAAUGCGGAAAGAAGUUAUGAGCAAUCGAGGUCACGUGGCUUAAAAAAAGUGUGCUGUAAUUUAUAGUUUACCGUUGAUUUUGAAGCUGUUAAUAUACCAAUGUAGACUUUACAUAAAACAA